ACCUAUACCUACCCACUCCCUUCCCUCUCGCCGCCGCAGCCGCAGCCCGACGCUUCGCCGCAGCCAGAGGCCAUUCUGCACUCCCCACUCCGCCCCGGAGAGCAGGCCUCGACCCCGAGAGGGAUACCCGAAUGUCGGCGAUGAUGGGGGCGCGGCUGGACCUGGCGCCCUUCCUCCUUUCCCCGUCGCCGUCGCCCUCGCGGCCGUCCCCCGCCCUCCGCCUCCGGACCUCAUCGCCGACCGCGGCGGCGGCGGCGAGGACCCGCUUGCUCGCCCCGAGGGCUGCCGCGGCGGCGACCGCCGUCUCCGCCAAGCCGGCGGCGGCCGCGCCGCUGUCCGCCGACCGCUCCGUCGUCCGCCUCGGGCUCCCCAGCAAGGGCCGCAUGGCCGAGCUAACCCUAAGCCUCCUCAAGAGUUGCCAGUUGUCGGUGAGGCAGCUCAACCCGCGGCAGUACACCGCCGACAUCCCGCAGGUUCCAAAUUUGGAGGUUUGGUUUCAGAGGCCCACGGAUAUUGUUCGUAAACUAUGUUCAGGGGAUCUUGAUCUUGGUAUUGUGGGUUAUGACAUAAUUAGUGAAUAUGCACAGGGCAAUGAUGAUCUAGUUAUUAUUCAUGAUGCCCUCGAUUUCGGACAUUGUCGCCUGUCCCUUGCGGUGCCGAAGGAAGGUAUUUUUGAUAGCAUCAAUACUCUAGAGGAUUUGUUAAAUAUGCCUCAGUGGACUGAAGAAAGACCAAUGCGGGUCGUUACAGGAUUUGGUUAUGUAGGUGCAAAGUUUUUGAAAGAAAAGGGUUUCAAGCAUGUUUCAUUUUUAGCUGGUGAUGGUGCUCUCGAGUCAUAUCCUGCUAUGGGUAUGGCUGACGCUAUUGUGGAUCUUGUGAGUAGUGGAACGACUUUGCGUGAGAAUAAUUUGAAGGAAAUUGAAGGUGGAGUAAUUUUGGAAAGCCAGGCAACACUUGUAGCAAGUAAGAAAUCUCUGAACAGACGUGAGGGUGUGUUAGAGAUUUCACAUGAGAUGCUUGAAAGAUUGGAGGCUCACCUCACAGCGUCUGGCAAGAUAAUGGUAACAGCAAAUAUGAGGGGCAAUAGUGCAGAAGAAGUGGCUGAGAGAGUUCUCAGCCAAACAUCAUUAUGUGGAUUACAGGGCCCAACUAUAAGCCCAGUGUAUUGCACGCUUGAUGGCAAUGUUGCUGUGGACUACUAUGCUAUUAAUGUUGUAGUUCCCCAAAAGUCGCUUUACAAGUCUAUUCAACAACUGAGAUCUAUUGGUGGCAGCGGAGUCUUGGUGUCGAAACUGACCUACAUAUUUGACGAGGAGACUCCUAGGUGGCGCAAACUUCUCUCUGAGCUGGGAAUGUGAGACUUGCUGCAAGGUCGGCCAUGCCCUCCGCUAGAAUGGACCGUCUCAGUGAGCAUCUGAACUUAUGCUCGCUGUAGUGUGUACAUCAUACACAGAAGCGACCCGAGUUUGAAAAAAAAACCCGUAUGCAAAGUGAGCUCCCAUGUGGAUUGCCUGAGGAGAUUUCGAUAUCUAGCGCCGGAUAUUGUGCUCAGCUAACGUAUUCCCUGGACAGGCAGUGGUUGGUUUAUCCCUUUUAUGUGCCACCAGUCGAUAGGGUUGGGGGUCCGGGAUGUUGGGUGUAUGUUGUUUGUGUGUGCCGGAUCUUGCACCUUUUGUUGGUGCGGCCCUGAAUAAUUGGGGCUACCUGAUAUGAUGACAAUAAUGAAUCCCAUUGUGGUUUGGUCUC